AUGGAUAAUUCAUCGAGUUUUCAACGAAUCACUCACUCUCAGGAAAAAAUGCAUCUCGAGAAAACAAUCGAAGCUGAAAUAUCUGAGGAUAACCACGUGUCGGACAGUGACGACAACGAAUAUUUUCUAUCACAUGAGACUGCAGCUUCAGAUUGUUAUGAUACAGCUGAUGAAAUUGCACUCAAUGAAGAUGAUGAAAAAAAUGAUGUAGCAGCGAAGGGGUUAGGAAUGAGAGCAAAAAAUGGCACGCAGUGGGCUGCGACACCAUCAAGUGAAGAUCAAAUCAGCUUCAUCAGCUGGCUGAUGGGUAUUCUCAAAAUCUUUAUAUUAUACUUUUUGAUCCAAGAUCGUAUGAGAGAUAAAGCUACCCCAAUAUGA